AUGCCGACAGCGUCGCGUUCUGCGAUGCUCCCACUCGACAAGGGAGAAGAGGAGUUGGCCUGCCACACCCCCAAGCACGCCAGCGGAGGUGCACUCGCAUCGCGUCCACCCCAACAACACAAACGAUCCCACCCCGACGGCACCAAUAACCCCCAUGCCGACACACACCACUCCGUCCGUAGCACCACCAUAGCAGCAGACAGCCUGGCGAAUGGCGACGACGACGCGCGCCCGGCCAAGAGGCCACGACUGAGCAUCCGCGCCGGCAGUAGUAAGAGUACCCAGGCGAAGCUGGACCACUUCCUGCCCAAGCCACCCUCCAAAGUCGUCCGCCAGGAACCUCACGGCCAUCUCGUGCAGAGCGUCAACGGCGUGCAGACCACCCUCGAGAGCACCGAAGACGAGCUCCUCCGUCCGUCCCCCAAACCCGAACGCGUCUCGUCGCGCCGCACCACACGUUCUCCGCAGCCUCCUCCACCUCCGCAACUGGAGAAUGGCAAGGAUGCUGCGCGCGGCGGGAAACAGGAGGACAAGCGAACGCUACGAUCACAGGAUGACGGACCACGACUGAAGAGCGAGCUGGCUAUAUACUUUCCCUACUAUGAGGACAUCGUAUUCGAUGCGCCGAGAGAGGAUGAAGAAGAAUUCCUCACUGUCGAUUCCGCACUCUGGGUGACGGACGACACGCUCAAGUCUGCCAAAUCAGACACUUCAUCGCCUGCGAAGCCGAGCAAGAAUGCCGCCGCCAACUCGCGGAGGACCUCGGUCAAUGGCGGCGCUGCUCCUCCGCCCCUGACACCGCGGAGCUCUUCCAACCUCAAUGGCAGUAGAGUCCUCGACUUCGAAUCCGUCGCCAAGCACAUUCCCGCUAACCCCGAAGAUCCACUCACCGAUGAGCACUUCCUCAAGUCUCAUCGCCGUGCGGAGCGAAAAGAGAAGCAGCUGCGCAACAUCGAGCGUGAGCGGGCGAUGCAUGAGAAAGUGCAGCUGGAGCGCAUACUCGCUGGGCUACAGGGUCACGACUGGCUACGCGUGCUGGGCAUCACCGGCAUCACAGAUGGCGAAGCAAGAAAGUAUGAGCAGAAGCGAGAUUACUUCAUUGCUGAAGUGAAAGCAUUGGUCGACAAGUUCAGGCAGUGGAAGGAGCAGGAAAAGAAGCAGCGUCUUGAGAAAGAAGCCGCCGCUGCUGCAAGGGAGGCGGAAGAAGAAGGAGGAGGCGAGUCGACCGAGGGAAGCGUCGAGCCGCCAAGCAGCGACUUGAAUGCUUCUGCCGCCAGACAGCUUCAGCAGGAAACUGUCAAUGCCGUGAAGAAUUCCGCCAAGGCAUCCGGUAAAGGCAAAGAACGAGCGCACCCUACCUCGAAUUCGAGCCAUCCUGCCACGCCCACGAUAUCAACUGCUCCCGUGAGACAGAUGCUUCCGCCGGCACCUCCGUCGCCUGAGGUGCCAAUCACGAGCUUCUACUCGAAACGACAUCUUCGCGAUGCCGCUCUGGGCAAGGCCAGACAUGGCCGCAACAUCACAGCUUUUGGCCAUCCACUGCCAGACAUGGAAGAAGUCGACUUCGAGCUGCCAGAUGACUACGUGACGGAGGAUGCCAUUCGGGCAAACGCCAGGGAGCGUAGGAGAAGAAAGCGAGAGAGUGCUGCCAAUUCGUCUUCCAAACGAUAG